AUGGAAGACUUAGAAAAAGAAUUCGAUAAAAUUAAAAUAAAACCUGAUGAUAAUGAAAAUGAUAAAAAGAGGAAAGAAGAAAGUGGAGGAUCAUCUAUAGGAGUAGAAGAAAAUGAAGAAGAAUCUGAAAAAAUAUCGAAUCGAAAAUUAAGAUAUUUGAAAAUGAAAGAUAAAAAAGAAGAAAAAAUAAAUAAAAAAAAACAAUCUUCCAAAACAAACUCUACAAAUAACACUAAAACUAAUCAAAAUGAUGAUAAAAAUAUAAAUACUUCUCAAUCUGAUUUAAAAGAUGAUAAUAAUAAUAAUCAAAAUAAUACAACUGAGGAUGCUAUAUUAAAUAAUGAAUCUAUGCAUCAGCCUAUUCAGGUUGAAUAUUGUAAAGUAUGUGGAGUCCCAUAUGAAUAUUGUGAAUAUGGAAAUUCUUUUAAUGAAUGUAAAGAAGAAAAUAAAGAUAAGUAUAACUAUGAUAUGGCUACUAAUAAUACAGAUAAUAAUAAUAAAAAACAAGCCAAGAAACCUUCUCAAAAUACAUCUCAAAAAAUAACAAUACAAAAGACAACUAAAGCCAAAAAAAAAACUGUAACAGUUGUAAAAGGAUUACAUGUAUACACAAAACUUGAUAAAAUGGCUAAAAUAUUUUCCAAAUUUUAUGCAUGUGGGGCUUCAGUUAUAAAGGGUACAAACAACGCUCAAGAUCAAAUAGAUAUACAAGGAGACGUUGAACAUAACAUUGUUGAUGUUAUAAUGAAAAAUUGUCCAGAAAUAACUGACGAUAUUUUUGUAAUUUUACCCCCCAAAUAA